CUUACCAAAUGUUUUGUCAAGUAAUGGCAAAGGUAUAUUUGUCUAUUGAGUCUACCCCUUCCAACAACCUACAUAUUCAAAAUCAACUCAAGGUUACUGCCUUGCUUGCCUGUAGUACUUCUCUAUUUAUACCCCUAUGAACUCUAUGGGAAAACUCAACUCUCUCUCUCUCUCUCUCAUUAAGAAGGCAAUUUAUCAAUUUCUAAUAACUGGGGAACAUGAAACUUCAACUGUUGUUUCAUGUUUUCUUCGUGUUUGAGAUAUGCUUCUCAAGUCUCAUGGUGUCAUGUAAUCUCAUCACCAUGAAAGAAGGAGCAUAUCCAUCUUCAUUCUCAGACAACUUCCUAGUUGGAACUGCAUCCUCUUCUUAUCAGUUUGAAGGAGCUUUCUUGAGUGAUGGAAAAGGCCUCAAUAAUUGGGAUGUUUUCUCUCAUAAACCCGGUAAUAUCAUGGAUGGAACUAAUGGAGAUAUUGCUGUCGAUCAUUACAAUCGCUAUCUUGAGGAUUUGGAUCUCAUGGAAAAUAUUGGAGUCAAUAGCUAUCGAUUCUCCAUAUCAUGGGCAAGAAUUCUACCUAAGGGGAGAUUUGGAAAAGUGAAUAUGGCCGGCAUCAAUCAUUAUAACGAUGUCAUAAACGCGCUGCUGCAUAAAGGGAUCCAGCCUUUUGUGACACUGACUCAUUAUGACAUCCCUCAAGAACUUGAAGAUAGAUAUGGGGGUUGGUUAAGUCCAAAAGUGCAAGAAGAUUUCAGAUACUACGCAGAACUAUGUUUUAAAUACUUUGGGGACCGAGUUAAGAAUUGGGCUACCUUCAAUGAGCCGAACCUUGUAGUAAUUCACGGUUACAGAACAGGACUUUUCCCGCCAUCACGUUGCUCUGGUUCAUUUGGGAAUUGCAGCAAUGGUGAUUCAGAGAGAGAGCCUUUCAUUGCAGCACAUAACAUUAUUCUGUCCCAUGUGGCCGCUAAUGAUAUCUACAGAACUAAAUACCAGAAAAAUCAAGGAGGUAGUAUUGGGAUUGUUAUGAAUGCCUUAUGGUUUGAACCCAUCAGCGACUCCUUAGAAGAUAAGUUAGCAGCUGAGAGAGCUCAAUCUUUCUAUAUGAACUGGUUCUUAGAUCCAAUUAUAUUAGGAAAAUACCCGGAAGAAAUGCACGAGAUUCUAGGACCUAUUCUGCCUAUGUUUUCAAAAAGUGACUUGAAGAAAAUGAAACGAGGAUUAGACUUUAUCGGCAUUAACCAUUAUACUAGUCUUUACGUCAAAGAUUGCAUAUUCUCUGCAUGUGAACGUGGACAAGGAGUUUCGAGGACAGAAGGCUAUGCUCUAAAGACUGCAAUGAAAGAUGGGAACCUAAUUGGAGAGCCUACUGAGGUGGACUGGCUAUAUGUUUACCCUCAAGGAAUGGAAAAAAUUGUGACAUACAUAAAGGAUAGAUACAACAACACACCAAUGUUCAUUACAGAGAAUGGAUUUGGUGAGAUGGAUAAUCCCAACUCUACAGUCGAAGUUUCCCUUAAUGAUGUCAAAAGAGUGCAGUACAUGAGCUGCUACUUGGAUUUUCUAGCAACAGCAAUAAGGAAAGGAGCAGAUGUGAGAGGGUACUUUACCUGGUCCUUGCUUGACAACUUCGAGUGGACAUAUGGGUACAUGAGAAGGUUCGGGCUUCACCAUGUUGAUUAUGCCACCCUCAAGAGAACUCCAAAACUAUCUGCAACUUGGUACAAACAGUUCAUUUGUAACCAUAAAGAUCACAGUACCUUAGAAGUAGAGUAAAUGGAAAUUUUCAUUUCUGAUGAUACUUCAACAGAAAAGAAGGUAAAAUGUGAAAUGUUCACUUUCUUCUUUCUAUCUUUUCUUCAUCUCUGUGGUUAUUAUGGUUACUAGUACAGUUUCUGGCAUUUCAGUCAAA